GUUUUUAAACUUAAGACCGAAAAUAAUUCGAUAAAUUACAAUUAAGAGAAAAUAAGUAGAGAUUAUAAUACAAGAUGUCUGCGCCCAUGGGUUUGAAGGUUUAGUGAUUAUACAACAGUAUUUGAAAGACGGGGAAGCAAUAUCUGCAAGUGAAUAAAUCUUCCUUCAAGACAAAUAAUGGCAGCAUUUCUAGGAACAUGUUCAAGGUUUUCUGUACGUGCUGGUCAGCUUGCGACGAGAUGCCCACACAACCAGACCACCAGACACAUUGUAUCUUCCCGUUCACAAUAUGUCGCACAGUUGAAGAAAUCUGUGCGUUUUGUUAAUCAAAGAUUUUUGAAAGGAAAUUCAAACAUAUGUGUUUCAAUGUACAGACCAGUAUUUAGCAGAUUAUUGCAUAGUCAUAGUUGUAUUGGUACUGGUAAUGUAAUCAUCAUACCUGUAAUCAGACAAGGAAGUUGGACAUUACAUGUAAGAUUUAUGUCAAGUAGUGGAGGAUCAUCUGGAAUGAGUAAAACUGACCUGGUUCUGUACAUUCUUUCCCUACUUAUGCUGUGUACUGGACUCGCCUAUGCCGGAGUACCAUUGUUUAAACUCUUUUGUAAGCAAUUUGGUUUUGGUGGCAACCCUGAGUUAAGUAGGGGUCAUGAUAGGUCAAAGGUUAGUACAAUGAAAAAAGUGGAAGAUCGUGAGUUAACAGUGAACUUUAAUGCUGACAAGGAUGCUGCAAUGAGAUGGAACUUUAAACCACAGCAGAGUCGUGUAACAGUAACACCAGGAGAGACAGCACUCGCAUUCUACAGUGCUGAAAAUCCUACUGAUAAUGCUAUCAUUGGUAUAUCUACAUAUACUGUGACACCAUAUACAGCCGCUCCAUACUUCAACAAAAUACAGUGUUUUUGUUUCGAAGAACAGAUUCUAAAUCCCCAUGAAAAGGUUGACAUGCCUGUGUUUUUCUACAUAGAUCCAGAGUAUGAUGAGGACCCAGAACUGGAGUUUGAGGACAAUAUCACAUUAUCUUAUACAUUCUUUGAGGCUAAAGACGGAUUUAAUCUUCCACUACCAGGAUUCCUUCAACCUCAACUUCAACCUCAAACUACAAAAGAGACAGCCUGAAAUCUCACACUGUCAGUCUAUUGUUAUAACUGUGAUCAAUAUCCUCCUCACUGUUCAGCAUGUAAUUCUAUCUAGGAUUAAGGAUUAUGGCUAUUUGCGAAAUAAUAAUAUUUUAAA